UCAGUUCACUUUGUUGGGCAGGCGUAAGCGCAUAGAAGUUGACUACGGUCUCAUCGUCUUCUCUGUUUCAUCCGUGGGAAUCGUUGUUCAGAAAAAUAAAGAAACAAUCAGAAUAGGUACAUAAGGAAUAAAAAUGAGUGAAGGACUGGGAUAGGCCUCGAAAGUCAAUGGAUAUCGUUGCACAGAAGUUUUCAAAUGAAGGCAGUUAUUGCAGUUAAUUUGCAGUUAAAAUAUCUGAUCGCUGCAGAGCAACAAAUGUGCGACAGUCGAUAUUAUAGCAAACAUAUGAGCGAGUUUCUUCAGUAGUGUGCUUUCUUAUCAAUUGAAAGAACUUGUUGCUCCCGUAGUCAAGUGAAGUGAUGACGACAUACAGCAGUGUUCAGUGAAGAAUGUGUUUCAAUGUAUGUGAAUAUAUCUGAAAAUAACGCAAUCAGUGUAAUUAAAAAUGAGAAAGCGUCGAAAGAAAGUAUCUAGCUUAUGGGGUAAAGUGCGGUCAAUGUUGUUGCUGGUGGAUAGGCGAAUUGUAAAAUUCAACUUUAUCAAUUAAUGGUGCUUGGAAGAAAAAUGAAAAUCGAAAGAUGAUGUUCUCGUGAAGCAUACUCAGUAGUAUAUGUGUUAAAGCAAUAAAGAAUUAUCGUAUGUUUAUACAUUGCACUCAGCAAGCAUGGGCCCAAUCAAGCAUCAACUUAUUGUUAUCAUCGUGUUGGUUUGUAAAAUCACCAAAAUAGAUACAGAAAAUUCUAUUUUUUUAUAUUAUGACAAUGAUAGUAAAAAUACGACUGAGAAUGCAUUUGGCGAUAAAAUACCGUCAAGUGCUAGAAAUGUUGACGGUAGUACUAAUUUGCACACUGAUACUGUCAACCAGUUGAAUAAACAAGAUGUCACGAACAGUUCACCCAGCAAUGAAUCAGCUAUCUUCACACGAUACCAACGAUCGACAGGUAGUAAUAGCGGUCGAACUGGAUCUCAAAGCCUAUGCAGCAAGCAGGGGUGCAGCUGUUUGGAUCAGCCAAUCCUUACGAUCGACUGCGAACUACUUGACAGUGAGACAACAUUGUCCAAUCAAUACUACAUUCCUAGAGAAGCAAAAAGUCUUGAUUUACGACUUAAGGCUCGAGGGGCGCGGUUGAUGAUUGACUCCGAGCUAUUCGUCAACAGUUUAUUAAACCACGUACUAAUCAUGGGUGACGCUGAUGGUAGUAACGCUUUGAGGCAUGUGGAAUUUCAGAAUAAAGCAUUUUGUUUGAAUAAUGGUACGUACCCGGAGCUGGAAGUAUACAAUAUUUACACUGUGGUGUUUCAUGAACGAACAUUUUGUCAAGAAUUUAAACUUAAUGUCACUAAUGCCGGCGAGGUUAUAAUAAUGCCCGGUGCAUUCUCCGUUCCCGAGAGCGAAAUUCUUUUGAAUAACGUCAAAGAUAUACGGAUUCAGGAAGACGCAUUUAAAGGAUCAAGAUCGACUAAACUGGACAUUACGAAUAGUGGAAUAAAAAUAUUAUCCGAGCUUCGAGCGUCUUUCCGACAGAUACAGUUCGUCAAUACCACAAUUGAACAGAUCUCGACCAAAGCAUUUGAUGUAACUAAGAUAGACUCAUUGAUAUUUGAAAACUGUGAAAUAGACAGGUUAAUGUCACAAGCUAUUACUGAAAAGCUUUUAUGUAGAUACUUCACCAUGACAAGAUGUAGAAUAAAAGAGAUCGAGACAAACUUUAUUGCGGAUAGCGGCCUCAAUAACUUUAAUAUGCACAGUAACGUUAUAAACGAUAUUGCCGAUGACGCCAUCAAGUUUACAGGAAUCUCGAGUCAAAUAAUCAACAACAAGAUUAUAAAAACUGGCAAAAAUUGGUUUGUCCAAAAACCCGGCUGGACAAAUGUAGUCAUCACAAAUAACUCGUUUGGGGAGUUCAACUACUUUACAAUCGAAAGAAGUUCAUCAUCGAAGGUCUGCCAGUUUCAUGCCAAUUCAAUCACGAAGCCCGCAUCACGUAGUUUUAGUUUUACCCAACAUCCUACCUGCACCAUCAGUGAGAUAUCAUUUAAUAAACUGUGCACGUGUGAUGAAACUUGGCUAAAGGAGCUGUUAUUUAAAGACUACGAUAAAUUGCUUCGGGAGAGUUAUUGUCGAAUAGAUGAAACGUUGAAAUACUGCUUCAAUGCAACGAUUUUCAAUGAAAAAAUGUAUAUACAACAAGUAUGCGAUGAGUCGACUCGAACAAUCGACUGCUCUCGUAGUCAAAAAGAAAAAAAAGUUGUGCCACACUUUGUUAGUCCUAAUGAAAUCGAAUUAAUCCAGUAUAACGACUAUUACUACUAUAUUUUGAUAGGUAUACCUAUCGUUAUUGUUUGCAUUGUGAUAAGCUUGAGUGUUGUAUUUUGUAAAGUAUGUAGACGAGAAUCAAAUAGUUCAGCCGAUAUAGUUUCGAAUGAUUCUUUUACUAUGACUCAAAAACCGUCCAAAUCAUUCACAAAAGAAGAUAAAUUGAUUAUUCAUCAAACUUUGCAAAAGAUUAAAGAAAAACAAGCACCAGAAAUGUACGAAGAAAUUCUUACUUAUUCUAGAAAGCUUAUGGAAGGAACUUCCACAGAGACAGAGAAAGUUCUAACGAUUGGCGAAAUCGUACGACGUUUGAAUGAUUGUGAAAAUAGUGGCGAUGAUUUUGUAGCUUUCACAGAUAUUCUAUAUCGUCAUUUAGCUCCUAGCACAAACAAUACACCACUCGAAACCGUGUACGCAGAACCGUCCGUGCCUGUAGACGGCACAACCGUGAUCGAAACCCCUGCAACUUCUGACCAUAUAUAUGCUGAACUGACAAGUGCGGCCCAACCUUUGCUCGUGAAUGAAUACUCUGCACCAAUGGAUUUAAAUGACUCACACUACUCUGAGCCCGUACAGAUUAUACUAAAAGAUAAUACGCGUACCCUUAUAACACCAUACGCCAUUGGAAAUAAUAUAAGUUCGAUCGUACAACAACCGACCACGUCGAGAAAUUUGCCUGAUAUUUUAAAUUCAAAAAGUAGUAAUAGUACUAGCAGUAGUAACAGUAGUACCACAGCAAACGUCAUUAUAGGUCUUGAGUCACUCAGGUAUGUGGACAGAUCUCCGACCACUACUAGUAGGGAAAUUCCCGAAUAUUCGCUGCCGAUUAAAAAAGUGCCACCAAAACCAGCGCUCCGCCAGGAACAAACAGUUGAUUUUGAGACCUCCACGUCAAACUCCGACCAUUCGGAGCACUCAGGUGGCAGUGAUAUUACUGUAAAAAUAGACGACAUAGUUGAGUAUGUAGACGCAUGACAAAAUUAUUUCGAAAAUUCAAACGUCCAAAAUAUUGUGUAAGCACUGUAACUGUGCACAGUUGAAAAAGUGAUAUUAAUUUAGUCCAGAAUCAGACGAUGCAAUAUCUAGGUUCUAACACAUUACUCUACUAGUAUAAUAUAUUUUAGGAUAAAUUUCUAAAACAGACGACCACUAAUAAGCGUAAUGGAAGUAAAUAAUAUGUCGUUUAACUGUAUUGUAAAUAAAAAUUAUUGUACGCAAACCCA